AUGAAGAUCGAAAUUGGUGAUCGGGGAAGGCUCAAUCAUAUCAUUAUCGUCCCACUGACUACCACAACCGAACAAUGGGAGCAAAAUGAUAAUAUGGUGAUGUCAUGGAUAGUCGAAAAUAUUGACAGAGACCUUACAGAAUGUUUUCUUGACUAUACUAGCACCGCUCACGAACUAUGGACAAGAAUUCAAUUCAUUCUCGGACCAAUUUCGCUACCUCCCUUAAAUGACCACAUUCAGCAGGAGGCCGCAAAGGGGAGAAAAAUAGAAGAAGGAGUCAUCGGUGAAAGGGGGAGCAAAGAAAAUGAUGAAAAACGAUCUCCAAAACCAAAAGUAACAACCAACGAAAAUCAAAAAGUUAAAAUUGCAAAGAUAAUCCAAAACGACGGCAAGGAUCGCCCAGUAGUUCCGACCAGCGACGACCCACCAACAUUCGCUGGAGAAAAAUUGGUCAAUGUUAAUGUUACCGGGACUACUAGUGCCGCCGGCGAGUGUGAGGACCAAUCGAAUGUUGAUGGUGAAGAGAGAGAAAGUGGGGAAGGGGGAAGCACGCAAAUUGAGGAGAGUGCAAAAAUGGAGAAAUCAGAAGAGGAGCUGUCAAAAUCCAUUAGUUGUUGCCAAUCAGAGGUAGAAGUGAUUACAACUUUGAUUAAAUUUCUUGAGGAUGCAUGGGAUGUUCAGCUUUUAUUUUCCAAACAAACAGACAACAAAAUCAUUGAUGAAUUAGAAAAGCAUUCAAACUAUCAAGCUGAAAUGAUGCUUCACCAUCUCAACACAUUUAAGGUUGAGGUAGGAAAGCUAGUAACUCACUUUCGAAUACUUAUAAGACAAUUAAAAUCAAGUGAAGAGUCUAAUCAUACUCCUUUGGAAGAUGAAAGUUUUCCUAUAACUAUAACAAGAUCAAGUUUAGAAAGCAAAUACAUUGAUUUAGAAGUUAAGCUUAGAACAACUUUUGAAAUGGUUGAAGGAAUGAAGCAAAUAUAUACACUGAGUGAAGAUUUUCAAAGGAAUAAUGAGAAGAAAAUAGAGGAGUUAUUGAGCAUUCUCAAAAAAAUGGAAGUAGAAUUCCAAUCAAUGGAAAAACCAUCCAUAGAAAGUAGACAAAAACAAUUAAUAAGAUGGGAAGGGAAUCCCCUAAAAUUGAAGCCAAAUGAAGAUGAAUUUAAUUGCAAGAGUCAUCUUACAAAAAAGGAAAGCAACAAUGGUAGAAAAUUAUGUUGGAAUUUAUCAGAUUUAGAAGAAGGAACACCAGAGUCUAAUUCAGCCAAGCUUACCAAAAAAUCACACUUUAGAGAUGAUAGUAUUGAUUGGGAGUUUGAUGCUUUAGAAUACUAA